AUGGCAAUAGACAGGAGGCCAUCAGCUGGGAAGGGCCGGAGGUCUUCAGGCGGCGUAGAUGCAGCAAACAAGCGCCAGCCUUCUCUUCUGGCUUUCUUUAAGAAGACUGAGGACUCAGCAGCGGUCUCCCCUCCGCAGCAGCAACAGCAGCAGCAGCAGCAGCAGCAGCAAACCACCGCAGCGAAUGCGGCAGCCAUAAAGGCUGCAUCAGUGGAGCCGAAACCAGCAGCAGCAGCAGCAGCACCAGCACCAGGAGCAGCAGCAGCAGCAGCAGCAGCAGCAAGCAUUGCAGGGGAUUCUCCUGGUCGACAGAAGGAAGAUUUGUCCCCCAACAGCUCCACCUCUACAGCCCCUGGACAGCAGCAGCAGCAGCAGAAGCUGCAGCAGCAGCAGCAGCAGCAGCAAAAGCAAACUCAAGAGCAACACAAGCCGGCCCAGGAAACGCGCCUUGAACAGCAGCCAUCAUCACCACCGCAGCAGCCGCAGCAACAGCAGCAGCAGCAGCGAGACCAACAGCAGCAGCAGCAGCAGCAGCAGCAGCAGGAAGAUGGCUUGGGGCUGAAGAGGCGUCUGUCUGGCAUUGGCUGGAUGGAGACAGAGGAGACAGUCGGAAGAAGAAGGAGACUCAAGAAAGUAGCCCUUGACUCAGACGAUGAUGAACGCCCAGCAGCAGCAGCAGCAGCAGCAGCAGGUGCAGCAGCAGCAGCAGGAAGCAAAGGGGAGGAGUCAGGGGGAUCCGCUUUGUUUUCAGAGGAGACAGAAGGAGACAUGGAGACAGACAAACCGCAGCAGCAGCAGCAGCAGCAGCAGGAUCUAGAGCCUACAGGGCCCAUUGAGGCGCUGGCGUUUGAUGAAGCAGCAGCAGCAGCAGCAGCAGGGGAGAGCGGAGUCGGUACAUCUUUGCCUUUGGGUGCUCGCCGUGCAGGUCAAUUCAGCCGCAGCAGCAGCAACAGCAGCAGCAGCAGCAGCAGCAGCAGCAGCGGCAGCAGCAGCAGGGAAUGCUCAUUACGACUUGCAUUUGCUGCAGCAGCAGAGCGUACAGGAAGCUUAUAUCUUCAGGUGUAUAUUGAUGAGCUUCUUCUUGUUCUCUCUCUAUCAACUGACCCAGCAGAUAUACCCCUCAAACCGCAGCAGCAGCAGCAGCAGCAGCAGCAGCAGCAGCAAGAGCAGCAGCAGCAGCAGCAAGAGCAGCAGGAGGAGAACGAGCAUAAAUAUUCUUUUGGGCUGUCUCCUCUCUCUUCCUUCCCAGAUGCUCUCCAGGCUAUGCAGCUUAUCGAUACCUACAUACGUCCCCGCAGCAGCAGCAGCAGCAGCAGCAGCAGCAGCAGCAGCAACGGCAGCAGCAGCAGCAGCAGCAACGGGGUAGAUUAUUGCUUGGAGGAGUGUGAUAGGAGCCCAUGCUUAAUGAAGGCUGUUGGUGCUUGCUGUUUAUAUUUAGAGCAGCUGCUUCUUCAAGAUAAAGUGCUGCCUGUCUCUUCAUUCUCUGAAGUGUCUCGUGCUGCUUCUGAUGUCUUGUCUCUUGAUGCAAAGGCUUUAUCUCAGCUAGAGAUAUUAACUAGUCAGGAAGGAGACACCCGCGGUUCUUUAUUGGGGUGUAUAGACAGCACAACAACAGCAGGAGGUAAACGCUUGCUGCGGAGAUGGAUAGUGUCUCCUUUGAGGUGUAUUGACAGCAUUAAUAUGCGUUUAGAUGCUGUCUCCUGGUUGCUGCAGCAUCAAGAUGUGCUAGAACUUAUUCGCAGCAGCAGCAGCAGCCUACCGGAUCUAGAGAGGCUUACUGCUCGCUGUCUCCGGCAAGGGAGACAGCAGAAGAGACACGCAGUUUAUUUUGAUGAUGUGCAUCAAAAAGAGUUAAAACUUUUCGUGUCUCUUCUUAAUUCUUUUUCUUCUCUUCAUGACUUAGCUGCUGCUGUUGUCGUCGCAUUGGAGAAGGAGCCUCCUGCAGCAGCAGCAGCACAAGCAGCAGCAGCUGCAGCUGCAGCCGGAGAAGACCCCGUUGCAGCAGCAGCAACAGCAGCAGCAGCAGCAGCAGCAGCAGCACAGGUCCUCUGGCCCCACAGGCUCUGGGCCUUGUGUGCAGGAAGAGACAAAGGAGGCGUCUUUCCUAAGCUUAAAGAUGCAUGCGACAAGCUUAUUACUCUCUUUACAGUUGAAGGAGACAGUGAGAAUGAGAAGAUAUACCCUGUCAAGGGUUUGGUGCCGGAGUACGACGCGGCCACUCAACAAAUCGCAGACUGCCGACAACAACUGCAGCAAAUCCUCGAAGAAAUUCAAAGAGAAACGGGGAUAAAUACACUUAAAUAUACUCACACCAAGUUCAAGUUUGAAGUGGAAUGCCCCGAAAACAUCAGCAGAGAUAUGCUGCGGCGGCUCGACGCUGAGAUUACUUCCUCUAGGAAAGGCUUCAUUCGCUUCCGAACGCCGGCGAUAUUAGAGCUCGUCGAUCAGCUUGAGGACCACGAGUUGGAGCAGGCGGAUUCUUUUUAUCCUUUUCGGUGUCGCUUGAUGGGGCAUUUCGCGACAAUGUUCGGCGAUGUUUUUGCUGUGUCUGUGAAUUCUAUUAAUGAGUUGGAUGCUCUUCAGAGCCUAGCCUCCUUUGCUCGCACUCAUCCGGGGCCGGAGAUGACGCGCCCGAAGCUGCUGCAGCCCUCAGAAGACGAAGAGCCCGUGCUGGUUCUGAAGAACGCCAGGCAAGCCUAA